ACUCACAUUGUAUUGCAUUCUAGUUCCAUGUGAAGAACAAGUUCGGCCGUGGGAGCCAAACACCACGAAACUACCUCGUUCUCCCUAUUCGACUUUCGCUCGUCUUCGAUCUCAAAUUUCUAGGGUUUUUGUUUGGAGCUGUGAAUCUUCCCAUCCAUGGAUUUGAUUCUAGAGGGUAGGGAGUUUGGGAAUUUGGCUAGGGUCAAGAAGUGAGGGGCCUUCAAAUUCAUCUUCAGACGUUUGGAAAGAUUGUAGUGUCAAGACUGUUUUUCCUUUUCCUAAGAGGGAUGCAUCCAACAAGUCAAGGCAACACUACUGUACCUGGCGAGAAAGAAGGAAAGAGGAAGGCAGAUAUAACUAAUGUUAGGGCAGUGACUAAAGAGCAGGUGGAUGAGGUUGGAAGGGCUUUAUACUUUGGAAAGUCUCAAGGGAGGUCUGAGCAUAAAAAUUUAACUGGGUUGACCUUUCCUCCUGCAUCUGAUAAUUCAAAUGAGGAGUUACCCAGGCUACCACCAGUUAAGCUCAAAUCUGAGGACAAGUCAGUGAAUGUAAAUUGGGAGGAAAAACAGGAGCAUGAUGGUCUAGGUCCAAAACUUACCAGUGCUGACAAUGUCUUCCUUGUGGGUUCAUAUUUGGAUGUUCCGGUUGGACAAGAAAUGAACUCUUCAGGUGGGAAGAGGACUUUAGGAGGGAGUUGGCUAUCUGUCGGCCAAGGAAUUGCAGAAGAUACUUCUGAUUUGGUUUCUGGUUUUGCUACCGUUGGCAAUGGACAAACUAUUGAGGAUGAAGCAUGGUUCCUGGCACAUGAAAUUGAUUACCCUAGUGACAAUGAAAAGGGAACUGGGCAUGGAAGUGCUCCAGAUCCACAGGAAAGAGGUCCAACCAAAGAUGACGAUGAUGAUCAGUCAUUUGCUGAGGAAGAUUCUUACUUCUCUGGUGGGCAGUAUUUUCAAAGAAAAACUGUUGAACCUGUUACAGCUUUGGAGGAUCCUAUAGGCCUCUCAGUGCCUGAAAUGUAUAGGAGGGGUCAUGAGAAUGACCUAAUUGCUCAGUAUGAUGGACAAUUAAUGGAUGAAGAAGAGCUUAAUUUGAUGAGUGCUAAACCUGUCUGGCAGGGAUUUGUCACUCAGACAAAUGAACUAAUCAUGCUAGGCGAUGGUAAAGUUCUGAAUGAGUGUGGAAGAUCUCAGCUGGAUGAUGUUUGUAUUGAUGAUAAUCAGCAUGGCUCAGUUAGAUCUAUUGGUGUGGGAAUCAAUAGUGAUGCUGCUGAUAUUGGAAAUGAAGUACGUGAAAGUUUGGUUGGAGGCGAUAGUGAAGGUGAUAUAGAGUACUUCCGUGAUCAAGAUGUUGCAAUUAGUGGGUCCAAAAAAGAUUCUUGUGACACAGACAGAAAACAUAUUGAUAAAUCUAGGGAUACAAAGAAAAUCAAUAAACAUGAUUCCAACAAAUAUGUAGUCGGCAAUGAUAGAGGUGCAAGUACCCAGGCAAGGAAUCUAACCGAUUGUUUCUCUUUCCCCCCAACACUGAGAGAUGGGCAGUUGUUGCAGGCAAGAUCUAGUAAGUCUUUAUGGUCAAACAACUGCAAUGCUGUUAGUGAUGAAAAUGAUGACUGUUUGAAUGCUUUGCCUUUGAUGGGGUCUGAUGAUGUGCUUGCCAUAUGGAGGUGGCAAAGCAGUGAUUCUUCAACAGUCAAAAGUUAUAAAGAUGAAAAUAAUGCCAAUGCUUUAAGAUCUGCAAAUUCUUCUCCCUCAUCAUUCUCUAAUUAUGGUUAUGGCAAACAGGGACAUGCUAAGAAAGAAGAUGACAGAAUUAGUGGAGUGAGACAAGAAGAUCCUGGGGCAUCAGUUGAGGAUGAAGAGGCAGCUGCUGUCCAAGAGCAAGUCCGACAAAUAAAGGCUCAGGAGGAGGAAUUUGAGACCUUCAACCUCAAGAUUGUGCAUAGAAAAAACAGGACUGGCUUUGAUGAGGACAAGAACUUCCAUGUUGUUCUAAAUUCUGUCAUAGCACGACAAUAUCAUGUUACUGAGUAUCUUGGAUCUGCUGCAUUCAGCAAAGCCAUACAGGCACAUGACCUGCAUAGGGGCAUGGAUGUUUGUGUGAAAAUCAUAAAGAACAACAAGGAUUUUUUUGAUCAAAGUCUUGAUGAGAUAAAGCUUCUCAAGUAUGUCAACAAGUAUGAUCCUGCUGAUAAGUACCAUUUUCUCCGGCUGUAUGAUUACUUCUACUACCAGGACCAUUUGUUAAUUGUAUGUGAGCUUCUCAAGGCAAACUUAUACGAGUUUCAUAAAUUUAAUAGGGAAUCAAGGGGUGAGGUUUAUUUCACAAUGCCAAGAUUACAAGCACUUCAAUUUUUGCAUGGUCUUGGUCUUAUACAUUGUGAUCUAAAGCCUGAAAAUAUAUUAGUGAAAAGCUACAGUAGAUGUGAGGUCAAGGUCAUUGAUCUUGGGAGUAGCUGUUUUGAGACAGAUCAUUUGUGUUCCUAUGUUCAAUCCAGGUCGUAUUGUGCACCAGAGGUUAUCCUGGGUCUUCCAUAUGAUAAGAAGAUAGACAUCUGGUCACUUGGCUGCAUCUUGGCAGAACUUUGUACUGGCAAUGUCCUUUUCCAAAAUGAUUCACCAGCAACAUUACUUGCAAGGGUUAUUGGAAUCAUUUGUCCCAUUGAUCAAGACAUGCUUGCCAAAGGACGUGGUACAUACAAAUAUUUCACUAAAAAUCACAUGCUUUAUGAGCAUAAUCAGGAAACCAACAGACUGGAAUACCUGAUUCCAAAAAGGACAUCUUUAAGGCAUCGUUUGCCUAUGGGAGAUCAGGGUUUUAUUGAUUUUGUUGCUCAUUUGCUUGAGAUAAACCCAAAAAGGCGGCCUACUGCAUCUGAGGCUCUAAAGCACCCAUGGUUAUCAUAUCCAUACGAGCCAAUAUCAGCUUGAUUUGUCUAAAGAUGACAUGCUGCAGCUGUCCUUGUACUCCUUCAGCCAAGUGUCUUGUUGAGAGGGAAAGCCAUUCCUUUCAUCUGCACAGUGCUUUUGUCCAUUGACGAAAUGCAAUGGUCUUUUCUCGGCAAGGGUCGAGUUGUAUUUGAGUCUAGCAUUAUGAAAUGAUGUAAUCAUGGAAAGCAUGAUUUAUUCUUGGGGUCUCCUUCAUCUCAACAUAAUAUGGUGGAAGGGGGAUUGUAAUCCUGUUGUA